AUGGGCAGUGCGUGGCAGCCUCCUCUGAACUAUCUCACCAGACCCGUUACCGUUUUAGGUGCCGGUGUUCUUGGCCGUAGGAUAGCAUGUAUUUGGGCGUCAGCAGGAUACAAUGUCAAGAUUCGGGAUCCCAGCGCACAGCAGCGUGCCGAUGGCGUGGCAUACGUUGAGGAAAACGUGGCUUCAUACGCCCAGAAGACCGGAAAGACUCCUGGAAAGGCAGAGGCAUUUGAAGAUAUGCAAGCCGCUGUCUCUGAUGCAUGGCUUGUCAUAGAAGCUGUUCCAGAAAAGAUCCAGCUGAAGAUCGACACCUUUGCUGAGCUCGACAUUCUCACACCUACCGACUGCAUCCUCGCCUCAAAUUCAUCCUCUUACAAAUCGUCAGAAAUGCUGGAGAAGGUGUGUGAUGCUAGGAAGUCUCAGAUCUUGAAUAUGCAUUACUACAUGCCUCCCGAAUGCAUGAUCGUGGAACUUAUGACAGAUGGCCAUACAAACCCGGAGAUUUUCCCAUUCAUGGUCGAAAGGUCACGAGAGGCAGCGACAUUACCGUAUGUUGCAAGGAAAGAAUCCACAGGCUUCAUCUUCAAUCGUCUCUGGGCCGCUAUCAAGCGCGAAGCUUUGACCAUCAUGGCCCAGGGGGUGUCUGUUCCGGAGGAGAUUGACUCCAUGUGGACGGAGAUGUUCAUCAAAGGUGGCAUGGCGCCUUGCCGAGCCAUGGACAAUGUUGGUCUUGAUACGGUGGCUUUCAUUGAGAACCAUUAUAUCGCAGAGCGUGGCUUGUCCCCUGAGUAUACUGUCGACUAUCUACAGAGCAACUUCUUGGAAAGUGGGAAGCUGGGGACCAAAUCCGCCAAAGGUGGUCUCUACCCUCCUUCAGAGGCUAAGCCCAUCACCACUAAUGGUACCUCGAAUGCGCCCAAAAUGCUCGUUCUGGAUGUUGGUCUCUCCGCUGCUGCACCGAGCAUGAGCUCGGGUGAAGUUCUUCAGUUUAGCCCAGGUGAAAAGAAGCCACACGUUUUGGUCAAGGGUCAAGCAUUGCCUGACGGCAUCGAUAUCGACCGUCCAAGUGGCCGUAUCUUCUGGUCUAACAUGGGUAUUCCCGGAAAGACUGAUGGAGCCAUCUACUCGGCCAACGCUGAUGGAACUGACAUUCGCACUCUUGUGGCUCCCGGCCUUAUCAACACCCCCAAGCAGCUGAUCGUUGAAAGUGUGGACAAGAAGAUCUACUUCAGUGAUCGCGAGGGUCUUUCCAACGGCGAUCUCGAGAACCAAGAGCAUAGACAAGAUGUGUCGAGAUGGUGCGUCGGUGUCACUGUAGCUCCUAAGCUGGGCAAGUUUUAUUGGAGCCAGAAGGGUCCCUCAAAGGGUAGCCAAGGCCGGAUUUUCUGCGCCAAUAUUGAAACCCCAGCAGGCCAGACGGCCCAGACAAGAGAUGAUAUCAGGUGUCUUUUGAAGGAUCUUCCCGAGGCAAUUGACCUCGAGGUGGAUGAAGAGACCAACACUCUCUACUGGACUGAUCGCGGUGAAAUUCCCUUUGGCAACUCCUUGAACAAGGUUCAAUUGGAUGAGUUUGGCCUCACAGCAAAGUCGCUCUCUUUUGGGGAUUAUGAGGUGCUCACUAGGCAUCUCAAGGAGGCUAUUGGCCUGAAGCUGGAUACCAAGAAUGGUCGUAUCUACAUGACCGAUCUUGGAGGCAACAUUUACCAGUGCGAUCUCGACGGCAAGAACAAGAGUGUUAUCUACUCGGAUGAUUUCCGAGCUUUCACUGGAAUCACUCUGUUGUGA